UAACCGGUCCCCGAAUGCAAAAUAGCGCCAGAGAACAACAACGAGCGGGAAAACUACAAAAACGAGCCCGAACAGAAAUGGAUAAGCGGCUUUUAAAGGCUUCGUAGCUGAAGGAAGCCAUGGGGCUACCGUUAAAGUUCCAAGGGAGGAACAUAGUAGAAGGUUCUGGGUAGCUCGAGAGACGGAGUUGAAGAAGUGACAGAGAAAGAAAGAGGGGUAGAACAACCAAAUCCAUACAAGACAAGACACACACAAAUACUUUGACCCUCGCCGCAGCAAGCAGAAUACCAGUUAUGUAAGUCGUAUGAUAUGGCAGAAUACCGGUGUCACGUGUGUACUCGGGCUCCUUGUCUUUCCCGUGCUGGUGGGCGUGGCCAUAGGGUACCUGCUUGUCCUACUAGGGGUGACCACGUACCGCAAGGUCCAAGCAAGAGGCAAACAAGAGGCUAUCGACAGGGGGGAGUACCAGAAGAUUAAGGUUGUCCUUGGCAACGAGGUGAUUGACUCGUCGUUCCCGGAUAAAGUCUCUAUGAAUGUCCAAGAUGGCACCGUACGGGCCCCGCCAGAACACGUGCCUCAUAAAUACUACUACCACCGACUUAUCAAUCAAACAGGCAAUACCAAUGGUUACGUCAAGACCCACGGAGACGAGGAAAGCGCGGGCUCAGAAGACGAAGACAACAAAGAAAAGCAUGCGUACUUACGUGAUUCCCGGGAUGAGAGCGACUCUAGUUUGCAUGCGUCAAUGGAGGAUAACGCUGACCGCACGGAUGAUGAGAAAGGGGCAAAAAGGGAAAAGCGGCAAAAAAGACGGCAAAGCAGUAAUAACACUAUGAUCACAAAUAGCCCUGAAAAAGUGAACAUGGAAGAAGUUAAGGAUGUUAUUAUUAAUAUCGAUGAAAAUGAAAAGCAUACUUCAGGGCUAGGAAGAUUGCGAUUUGCGUUAAAUUACAACGCCACGAAGACAGAGCUCCAGGUGACUAUCAUAAAAGCGAGUGAUUUAUUUGUUCACGAUAACAAAGAGGGCAUAAACCCGUACGUGAAAAUAAGCCUUUUACCGCAAAAAUUCUGCUGGCAAAAGACUCGGAUUGUCGAGGACUCACCGGACGCUGUGUUUAACGAAUCUUUUGUUAUCUCGGGAUUCUCUAAAGAGCGUAUUCGUGAGUAUAAGUUGAGCUUCUGUGUUGUGAAUUAUCACGAGUAUUUCAAGGAGAGGUACGCAGAUGACGUCAUUGGGGAGAUUCACUUCCCGCUGUCAGAGCUUAAGGUCCCGGAUGAUAAGUCGACCGUAUCACUGACGAGAUGGACGGAAUUGCGCCCUGUGGCAAGUAGCAAGUCUGAUCCUGUCGAUCUCGGUGAGGUCUGCGUCUCCCUGUGCUUCCGUCCAUUCAGCGGUCGCCUAAUUGUAACGGUCACCAAGAUUCAAGGGCUGUCUAAAGUAGCGGUCGAACGAACAGAUCCUUAUAUAAAGCUGUCGUUAUACUGCGAUGGAGUUCGCCUCUCAAAAGCUAACACACGAGUGAAGCGGAGGACCUUAAACCCCAUAUACAACGAGAAAUUCAACUUCAACGUAACCGCUGACCAGAUCUCGCACACCACCGUCGCGCUCAGGGUUGCCAACCAUCGCGAAGCCCACGCUCCGAGCCUCGGUUUGGUGUUACUGGGGUAUAACUCUCGAGGGUCCGGUCAGGAACAAUGGCAUGGUAUGCUGGAGUCGCCUAGUCGGCACAUCGAGAAAUGGCAUAAGAUAUUGCCGGACGACCUGGCUUAGGCCCGCUGCACCUUACGUGCCUCAAUGAACUCAACACAAAUGACCCUAUAUAACACGAACAACGUGGAUUUGCAAAAGGAAUUGGUUUAGAACAUGAUAAAUUGAAUAAACAGUAUAGAAAGCUAUUGUAGUUAGUUAGUUGCGUCUUGUACAUGUCCAUCUGUAUUCUGGGGCGGAUCCAGGGAUGAUUCAAUAAGGUCAAUAAAUAAUUUAAUCACACGUCUCGCCUUGGAGCCAGGGUAGCGAACCCAUUUCUUCUGAACAGUUCUUCGCCCUCAGUCUAAUCGUCCUUUUUGUCAUCUUUCUUUCUCGGUGAAACAGAGAUGCCUAUCCACACGCAUGCACACGAGAGCGUAUGUGAUUGGCUAGACUUCCUGUCAAUCAACUAGCCAAGAUGUCAGCACAAUUAAGUGCAAUGGGGGAAGGGAGUUCAUCUUAUUCAUUAUAUUUCACUGAAUUAGUUAGGUUCCAAUCGAAAUAAUACAUUAGCUGCUCCAUAUUUCUAUAUAGUUAUAUAAAUCCAUACAUAGGUAUGAAAUCAAAUUAAAAACAAUCUACAUUUCUAAUUCUUAGGAGAAACGAAGGGAACUUCGAAAUGGUACAAAAUGGUAAAAUCAUCAGGGAGUGAGGUGAGGUUUUUGCUCGAGUUAUUUGGGUAAAAGUGAUUGGAAAUUAGGUUUCAAGAAAAAUCUUGGUUCUAGUUAAAAAAGAAUUCUAUUUAUCUAGCGUCCCCCGCGUCUAAAUACCCGAGUUCCAGUUAGCUGUAGAUCUCACUAUUAUUCUAUGGUGAUCAUAAGCCUUCUCUUUUUUGGGAUCGGGAGAGAUCAACGCCAAACUUUCUACAUUAAAAAAAAUACUUUUUCAUCCGACCAUUUUAACCCUUAAAGGCUUCACCAUCCUAUUGUUAUCGAAAGAAUCUAAGAUUGUCCCUUCAUGUGACUCAUUUCUAACGUGCUCCGUAUCACAUCUUCUGAACUUUCGUCACAGAAUAACCCUGAAGUGUUUCCUUUCUCUCUACUCUUGAAAGGCACUAGACGAUAGCUAAUGGGAUGGUCUACAAACGUAGAAAUAUGGUGUCAAAAAGCGUUUAGAUAAAAUGACUCUUGUUUCAA